AUGGCGACCUUCACCCCCGAACUACACGGGAUAUCGGCAUCGACGCCGCCCGCCCCUCCCCCAAAGCCGGGCAGCCACGAGUCGAGUGGUAUCAACACGCCCACACGUACCAAGCCGUCUGUCGGUCCCGAAGCAGGUGGUGUUGGUGUUGGUGGAGCACCUCACAUGUCCAGGACAUCCAGCAGCAUUCCCGACCCAGGAGACGAGUGGCUCCCAGAAUUUAUAAAGGAUAAGUCAAAACAAGACAUUGCCGCCAUGUUAGCAGACGCAAAGGUGCUCCAGGCGCUGACGCACUCGUCCCGGACGGCGCACCCUUCACUCCUGGAGUCUCAGUCGUUGCUCCGGUCCGCCCUGGAGGACAACAUAGACCUGGCGGCGCACACGGCGGGCAUGGAGUCGCGGCUGGCGGCGCAGCGUGCCGCCACGCAGGCCCAGCUACUCAGCACGCACGCGCUCGAGAGGCAGUGGCGUCAGAGGCAGUCGGACAUGGACGACGCGCUGGCCCCGCUCGGCCCGGCCAGCCUGUACCAGAGGCUCGCGCAGGGCGUGCAGGAGCAGGAGGCCGUCUGCCAGGCCAUGGAGGAGAGCUUCCUCGACGUCGGCGCCGACGACGCCGCCUCCACCGCCACCGAGAGGGAGACGGCCGAUUGGGUCAGGAGGUAUAGGGAGGCUAGGGUCGUGUAUUACCUGCGCCAGGAGAGGAAAGAGAGGUGGGAUGAGGGACGGGUGGGGGGUUGGAGAUGA